AUGUCGUCAACCCAUGCCAAUCUUGAUGCGGCAUCCACCGACCGCAAAGCCCGCCUCGCCAAGCUCGCGGCUCUGAAGCGCAAGCAACCCGAGCCAGAGGCAAACGAGCCCAGUGCAGAAGACGAGGAGCUGCCCGACGCCGAUGCCACGCCAGAUGUGACCACAAAGUACCUGUCUGGCCGCAACUAUGACGCCGAGACCCGCGGACCUAAACUGGGCUUCGAGCAAGGCCCCCAAGAGGGCCAGGUGACGGUGGAAGCACAGGCGGCUGAGAUUGCCAGGGCCAUAGAAGAACAAACCAAGAAGGACGCAGGUGCCGACGAGGCCGUUGAUCUACUCAAACUGCAACCUAAGAAACCCAACUGGGACCUGAAGCGCGAUCUGGACGAAAAGCUCAAGAUUCUCGACGUACGAACGGACAAUGCGAUUGCCCGCCUCUUACGACAGCGGGUAGAGGAGGCGCAGCGUGCUGCAAAGACAGGUGGCGCUAAUUCUGACGGAGACGAGGAGGGAGAGGAAGUGGGCAUGAAAGGUCAGACGCUCGUUGGGGGCAUCCAUAUGCGCGAACGAGAGGAAGAGAAGAGCGACGAAGAAAUGAUUUGA